AAUUAAAGAGACUUUAAUGUUUUUAAUAACUCUAUAAUUUACCUUACCCCCAAAGCUUACACCAAUAAAUUGCCAACACUAGAUGGCAGCAUUAUAGAGCUAUUAUUAAUGUUAAUGUUCUUUUCAGUACAAACUACUGUAGAACAAAAAGAAAUAAUUUAACAUUCAUUUUAAAAUAAAAAGUGACACAAAAUGGCACAAUUCACCUAUGCGGCUAAACCGUUAUUCCCAACUCAGGGGAAUUCUGUGGAUAUAGCGUAUCUUGAUUUCAAUGAGGCUUUUGACAAAGUUCUCCAUUAUAUUCUUGCAGAGAAGCUGGCAAAAUGUGUGCUGGGUAAGGUGGAUUUACAGCUGGUUAAAUGACCAAACCCAGAGCGCUCACUAAUGGUUAUCAUCCUGGGAAAAAGUGACAAGUGGGAUGCCGCAGGGUUCUGUCCUGGGUCUGUUGUUGUUCAAUGUCUUUAUAAAUGACUUGGAUGAAGGAAUUGAGAGGAUGCAGAUGACACCAAAUUUGCAGAUGACAUCAAACUGGGAGGGGUAGCUAAUGCCACAGAAGACAGGAUCGGAAUUAAAAAUGUCUUUAACAGAUUGGGACAAAUACAGAACUCUACAUUUAGGUAGGGAGAACCAGCUGCACAAAUAUAAGAUGAGAGACACCUGGAUUUCCAACAGUAAAUACUAAAAGGAUUUAGAGGUUUUAGACUAUAAGCUUAACAUGAGCCAACAGUGUAAUGCAGCAGCAAAAAAACUAAUACUAUUCUAGGCUGCUUGAACAGAAGUAUAGUGUCCAGAUCAAGGGAAGAAAUAGUACCACUCUAUUCUGCCUUGGUCAGACCACACCUGGAAUACUGUUUAGGGAAGCUUUUAAUAUCUGAAGGACUAUUGUAUUUUAAUAUUUUGUUGUAAGCCGCCCAGAGUGGCUGGGGAAACGCAGCCAGAUGGGCGGGGUAUAAAUGAUCAAUUAUUAUUUUUAUUAUUAUUAUUAUUUAUACUGUGUCCAGUUCUUGGUGCCACAAUUUAAGAUGGAUAUUGACAAGCUGGAAUGUGUUCAGAGGAGGGCAAUCAAGACAAUCAAUGGUCUGGAAACUAAGCCUUAUGAAGAAUGGUUAAGGAGUUGGGUAUGUUUAGCUUGGAAAAGAGACUGAGAGGAGAUAUGAUAGCCAUCUCAAAUGUCUAAAGAGCUGUCACAGUGAAGAUGGAGCAAGCUUGUUUUCUCCUGCUCUGGAGGUAGGACCCAAGCUAAUGGAUUCAACUUACAAGAAAGGAGAUUCCAGCAAAAUAUCAGGAGGAACUUUCUGACAGUAAGGUUGUGGAGUCCAGAGAUGAAAUUGAGUUUCCCAUUCAUACUUUAUUGGAAAAAAUACAAUAUCCCAAAGACAAACAGUACUGAUGCAUUUAAUAAAUGUAUUUAACUUCAAAACUUCUUUUAUAUGCUUUAAAAAGGUAAAGGACCCCUGACAGUUAAGUCCAGUUGCAGACGACUCGGGUUGCGGUGUUCAUCUCGCUUUAUUGGCCGAGGGAGCUGACGUUUUGUCCGCAGACAGUUUUUCCAGUUCAUGUGGCCAGUAUGACUAAGCCGCUUCUGGCGAAACCAGAACAACGCACGGAAACGCCGUUUACCUUCCCGCCGGAGUGGUACCUAUUUAUCUACUUGCACUUGGACAUGCUUUCAAACUGCUAGGUUGGCAGGAGAAGGACCAAGCAACGGGAGCUCACCCCGUUGCCGGGAUUCGAACCACCAACCUUCCGAUCAGCAAGCCCUAGGCUCAAUGGUUUAGACCACAGUGCCACCAACUUUUUACAUUAGUUCAUUAUAAAAACUAGGAUAGCAAAAACUAAUUAUUUAUGAUACCUAAAUUCCAAUUGACUUAGCACAUAAAAGCAACUCCCAGACACAAGGUUGGGCAGUGUGUAUGGAUGACAAGACCCCCAAUCAGCCUCACUGAUGUGGUCACUGGCAGAGGAAGAGGAGUGCAGGGGGAGCACACCACCCCCGGCAGCAGGAUCCUGGUGGGCUACCAUCAGGGCUGCCCCCGCUGGGUGCCAUGCCCCUGUGGGUGGCGUGCCACGCCCCCGGGACGCGCAUGAAGCUCCGCCAGUGGAUGUGGUCCAAAGGAAAGCAGAACAAUAUGUUUGGCACCAGCUUGACUGCAGGAGUUGCCGGAAGGAGUCAUACAAGACACCACCCAUAACAGAUUCUGAUAUAAAAAGGUGUACUUUGCAACUUGGAGUAGACCCACUAAAAUUGAUGGGAAAUUACUUAACUGAUUCCAGCGGGUAUACUAUGAGACUGACUAAUGUUAAAUACCACCUCCCCUCUAAGCAACAGUAGCAUACAGGGUACAAUCCUGCUUUUUUAAAACAAAAGGUUCCUCUGCUAUUGCUUUCACUGGGAUUGUUCUCCAAAGUUUUGUACAAGUAUUUGUUGGGCUCCUCUUAGAAUAUCAGCAUAAAAUUACAUCAGCAUAAUACAAGUGCUGGGGGCUGGGGAGAAGCAAACAAAUUUCUACCUUUUCAAACUACUUAGUUCAACAAUUCCUGUUAACUAAUCCAUGCUCUUGGAAGACAAUUACACUGAGCUCUGACAACGUUGCCAACCCAUUGCAGUGUGCCUUAUGCCAAACACCAUUGUUAUAUUAUUGACCAUGUUCACUAUUACAUAUGCAUAUGAAAAAACAGAAGCUUUUUCAUCAGGAUUACCCUAAUAGCAUUAAGAGAUUAUUUUUAAAAUUUCAUUGGAAGAAAAUUCACUUAAAUGAGAUUACUUAUUACUUGACUGGUUUCCUAUCAUGCUGUUAUGUUUAGGUAAGUGGAGUCCAUUAGAAUGUUAUUUUUUUUAAGAAACCUGAUUUUAUACAUUAAUGAUUUCAAAUAAAAGAGAAGUGCUAUAUUUGUGCGCUGGUUCUUUUGAGAAAGUUAAGUCUGAUGCUCUGGUUAGACGAGAUAACACUUUUUGUCCCUCUUGGUGCCCCCCCUGGUGUCACCAUUAGUUGCUAAUUACUUGCAAACAAAUAAACAAUUAACUCCUCGUGCCUCUUGGUGGGAGAAUCUUCAUUGACAUGCUAAAACUUUCUAAUAAAAGAUUUUAAUUAAUGACGUGGCGAAUCCAACCCCCUUGUCAACAAAGCUAUAAGCAGGAACUGGGAAAGAAAAACCUGAACUAUGGUGCAUUUGGUACCUAGGCUGACAGUACAAGAAUGGCAAGCAGAUCACUCUGUCCUCUUAAUGCAACUUCUCACAACCAUCAGGACAAAUCCAAUCUUGGGGAAAGCAAAAAGGCAUCUUGUUCAUUUUCCAUUGAAAGCAUUUUGGGGUUAGAGCGGAAAAAAGAUGGCACGACUGCUGCAAAGCCACACAGGCCAUGGAUGGAUAAAUGCAGUGAUUUGGGUAAGAGGGAAACCUUCAUUUCUGUUUUCUUAACUUUUUAACCUGAGUUCAGGGCUUUAAAAAAGAUAAUUAACAAGCAGUGAACAAUUAACAAGCAUCCAUUAAAUAAGCUGUAAAGAAAAUCAGGUUGUUAUCUUUCAGUUUUGUCUUUCUUAGGUUUGAAACGUAUAACCCAACAUUUCAUGGUAUUAAAAUACUGCAUUUGUGACUUUGCAGGAGAGGAUUGCAACCCUUGUCUACGGUUUCCUGCAAUUUCCUAUGCAAUCCCAUUGUUUAAUGCGAUCAGCUACCCAGAGGCAGAAGAAAGGGUUCGGAAAUGUGAAAACUAUUUUGCAGUCAAUGAAAAGCUUUCUUACAAAAGGGAAUUGAGUUGGUACAGAGGUAGGAGGCCAAGAACUGCAUUCACUCGAAGCCAGGUAGGGAUUGAGUACAUUUAACCUAUUCAUAAAUCUAAGAAUGGAUGUUUUGCUUGAUGCAUUGUUUAGUAAGAGGGUAUUUAUUAGCAAGAAUCCAGAAAUGCCUGUUUCACAAAAGUCUGUACAAUCAUUCAUUUACUGAAUAAAAAUACGCAUAGAUGUUAACAUGUAAUCAUCACUGUUGUUCAAAAUAGCUUAGUUGAUUACUGUUGAUUUGUAUUUAAGUUUAGAAUCUGACCUCAGUUUUUAUCAGGCGAUUCAACUUGAUUUUUUGCUGCAGUGAACAAUAAAUAAGUAAUAGUGUUCCUCUUUAUUCUCCUUAGAUUGAAAUACUGGAAAAUGUUUUCAGAGUGAACUCUUAUCCUGGGAUUGAUGUUAGAGAAGAACUAGCUCAAAAAUUAGAUUUAGAUGAAGACAGGAUCCAGGUAACUUUUGAAUAGCAUUAUUUGAAUCUUUCUGUGAUUAUGUCUGUCUGUCUGCUUAGCAGAUCUCGCAGUGGUUGGAAAUAAUAAUUAACUGCAGAGAUUCUGACUCCUACUGUUUUGGGAUUGCUUUUGGAGCACUUUAUGGGAGAAAACAGGACACUGCAUAUAUUUGCACUCCCUAACUCCACAUAUAUUUGCCUAAAUAUAAACUUACUAUAAAAGAAAUGCAUUUUAUUUAACCCGAAAGCAUGUAUGUUGCCAGGAUUUAAGACUUGGAAGUGUGAUGUCUUGAUUGUAUAGUGAGAGGUAACUCAUACAGAAUUCAAUGAUCUUUACUCCCAAGUAAGUGUACUUAGGAUUGCAAGAGAAUGUAAAAUUAUGAUUAUGUUAGGAAUUUAUAUCAGCAAAAACUAAGGCUACAAUUCUAAGCAUGCUUGCCAGGGAGUAGGCUCCAUUGAACACAGUGGGGCUUACUUCUGAGUAAACAUGCAUGGGAUUGGGUGCUGUACGUUUUUCAAACUUUUGUUUAGGUGGAAUGAGAAACUUAAAAUAGGAUUUGUUAUAACUACAAAAUGAUGAAAGUGCAUUUAGCAAUCUGAGACUUAUUAUCCAACAUUUAAUUUAAAAUUCCACAUAGUUUUAAACAACUUUCUUUUAUCUGCCUUCAAACAGACUGAAGUUAGGUCUUACUAAGUAGACACAAUUUGUAUUUUCUAACCUGGUUGCAACUUGUUUUGGAUGCUGUUCAGAAUACUUUCUGACUCUGCUUCAGGUGCUGAUGAGGACUUUUAUCUUGGUUUUAACUGCAUCAUUUAAUGCUUUAAAAGUCAGGUCUCUUUUUUGGACUGCAGUGGAUGACCAUGCAUCCACAGCCAGCACUUUCUAGUAGCUUAGAAGUCUGGAUAGAUCCGCAUCAGAGACUGUGACAGUCUGAUUUCCUAAAACCAAUCACCAAAUGCAGCCAUUCCACAAGUUUUCUUCUCUCCUUUAUCUACAAAGUGUUCAUUUCAAUCUAGCACCCAGAUUGGGUAUGUCAUAGCUCAAAGAACAUAAGGAGAGCCCUGCUGGAUCAGGUCAAAGGCCCAUCUGUUCCACCAUCCUAUUCUCACAGUGGCAAUAUUUUAUGUUAGUAUGUGGUUGUACACUGAGGCUUCAUUUUCCAACAUAGCCCUUUCCUUUAAGUGGUGCUAUGAAGAUGGUUGAUCUGUAACAAGGGUACCUUUUUUCCUUUUGAACAAUUUCAGAUCUGGUUCCAGAAUCGCCGGGCAAAGCUGAAGAGAUCCCACAGAGAAUCUCAGUUUCUAAUGGUGAAAAACAAUUUAUCUCAAAACAUGAUAAAAUAAUAGAAUCAACCACCCAAUACACUAGUGUAUUGCUGAAGCGUGAUGUGAAGCGUUCAUAAACUGCAAACUCUUAUCGAGGAAUUAUAACGUUACAAAUUUGCUUGGAUGUUAGUCAACUAGUUCUGAAAGAGAAGAAUGAUUUUGCGAAGGAAAAUAAAUGGUGAUCAAAGAUGGGGAACUUGCGGUUCUCCAGAUGUUAUGGGACCCCAACUCCCAUCAGCCUCAGCUAGCAUGGCUAGUGAUCAGGCAUGAUGGGACUUAGAGCCUAACAACAUCUGGAGGGCCACAGGUUCUCUAUCCCUGUAAAUACUAUUGUAGUAAUAUUCCUAUUACUAAGGGGGGGGGGACAUUUUCUCUAACGGCUUAAUAGCUUAUUUUCAGGGAAAAGGGGAGGGGAAGCUAUUUUUGCAGAUAACUAACCAAAGGAGGUAGUGAUGCAUCAUUGUAAAUUGUGAGGACUAAACAUACAACGGGGCGGAGAAGCUGUGACUUCCCAGAUAUUGUUGGACUCCAACUCCCAUCAUCCCCAGCCAGCAUGACCGAUGGUCAGGCAUAAUGGGACAUUGAGACCAACAUCUGGAGGGCUACAUACAUCAAGGAGGCUUUGCAUAAAAUUGUGUAGCUCAGUUUUCCCUGCAGCUGUGUCUCUGGCCCUCAGGAAGCUGUGUAUGUAUGGGGCCUGCACUAUAAAAUCCAAAGGAUCCACAUGAGAAGCUAAGUACAGACAGCUGCAGGGAAUCCUGUUCUGGCAGAAGCAUUUCUCUCUGUAAGAUUUGAAUCUUUUCUGCUAUGUUUCCUACUAUGAUCCAGAGAUGUGCAAAUGUUUAUUGGGCGAUGGUGGCUAUUGACUUAAAAAAGGCUUUUUGCCGGGAUGUUAUGCAGCGGCAUCCCACUUUGUGUCUAUGUGUCUCUGCUUGGUGGGACCUUCAUGAAAAGAAGAAAAUGACAUUCACAUAUGAAACCAACAUAUAGAAUAUUAUGGGAAUCUUUGCAAGAUCAAUCCCUGGGGAGGGAGAGCGAGCAUUUUGUACCUUCCCGCUUUCCUCAGGAAACAGAUUGCUCCUGCGAUGAUCCCUUUGUUGGUUCUUUGGAACCAUUUCAGCUCAGUGUGUAUAUAUGCCAAGAUUUGCCAGUCUGCAAUAACUACAACCCAGCUGAUCUUUCAUAGGGUGCAAAGGCAGUACGUGUCCCGUCAUUCUCAGAAUGAAGAAAACUUUGGCUAUAUCAUAAAUACCUGCUUCCCUCCCCACAUCUUUUAGAAACCAUGUUGUUUGUAUUUUAUACUGUAGCAGAUGCAUUGCCUGUUAGUUUCCGGGGGAGUUUAAAGUGCUGAUAAUGACCUUUAAACAGUUCAGGACAAUAUUAUUUGAAGGAUUCUGUCCACCUGUACCCACAAAAAGUUGCCUGGCCCUUAAGAUUAGAAUGUAAGAUUUUUUAAAGAUUUAAGAAAAUCUUAAAGAACAUGAAAAGAAAGAAAUAACAGAUAAGAUAGGAAUAGAAGCCCACAAAAAAGUAAAGUAUUUAGGUAUAUGGUUAACAGCAAAAAAUAUUACCAUAUAUAAGGAUAAUUAUGUAAAAGUUUGGCUAGAAGUUAAAAGAAAUCAUGAAAUAUGGAACAGGAUGACUCUAUCCCUUUUAGGAAGGAUCGCAGCAAUAAAAAUUAAUGUGCUUUCAAGAAUGUUAUUUCUUUUUCAGACAAUACCAAUAAUAGCAGGGACUGCAUGCUUCAAAGAAUGGCAAAAAUAAAUUUCAAGAUUUGCCUGGAAUGGGAAAAAACUGAGGAUAAAAAAUAAGAUACAGAUAUGAAAGAGAGAGGUGGUUUCUCACUUCCAGACUUAAAAUUGUAUUACAAAGCUGCAACCCUAAUAUGGAUCCAAGAUUGGAUCAAACUUGACAGAGAAGAGAUGACAGACUUGGAAGGACAUGAAAAUAGGUUUGGAUGGCAUGCCUGUCUAUGGUACGGAAAAACAAAAAUCCAUAAAGGAUUCCACAAUCAUAUAAUAAGAAGAGCGUUGCUAAAAGUAUGGGACAAAUAUAAAGAACUAUUAGAACCCAAAACACCUUGGUGGUUAUCACCUAUUAGGCAUUAUCACUAAAAACAUUGGGGGGAAAGGGAGACUGGCCGACAGAUAGAGAAUUGUUAGUAGAAUAGGAAGGGCAACUAGAAUUGAAAGAAUAUGAGGAAAUAAAGGAACAUCUUCAAAGUUGGUUGCAUCAUAGGCAGCUAAAAUAUAUUUUUUAAGAGGACAAUAAGAAAGGUUUUUUAUACAGGGUUUCUAAAUUUCAAAAGGAAGUAAUAGGAGAGAACUCAAAAUUGUAAAAGAAAAUGCAUAACAUCCUUUUGGAAUGGGAAACGAAAGAUGAGGAAGUGAAAUCAGUAAUGAUCAAAUGGGCAUAAGACAUAGGCCAUAAUAUAAAAUUUGAAGAUUGGAUAAUGGAAAGUAAAUCUGAAAUUUACAGACUGUAUAUUGUUAAAGGAAAAUUGCAUGAAGAUGAUGUAUAGAUGGUACAUCUCACUGGUGAAAUUGGCCAAAAUAUAUAAAAAUGAACAGAGGGAAUGUUGGAGGUGCAAAGAGGUUGAAGGGACUUUUUAUCAUAUGCGGUGGGAUUGUAAAAGUGUUAAGGUAUGUUGGGAAAUGAUCUACAAUGAAUUUUAAAAAAAAUGUUUAAAAUAACAUUUGUUGAACAACUAGAAGCCUUCCUGUUGAGUAUAUUAGGACAAGACCUGCCAAAAGAGAAAAAGGCAUUAUUUAUGUAUGCAGCGGCAGCGGCAAGAAUACUACUAGCACAGAAUUGGAAGACUGGAGAAAUUCCAACAAAAGAACAAUGGCAAGAAAAACUGAUGAGCUAUGUGGAAUUGGCGAAGCUGACACACAGACUUUGGGAAAAGGACAAUAGGGAUUUUGAAAAAGUGGGAACCUUUUAUAUUAUAUUUGCAGAUACAAAGAAAGAAUAUUGAUCUGAUGGUAGGAUUUAAAUAAACAUUCACAACUUUAUGGAUAGAGAAUAGAUAAUGUAAUAAAAGGAAAAAUAUGAUAUUUGUAGAAAAUAGCAGAAUAUACUAAUGAGGUUAAUAAAUCAGAAAUGGAAGUUGAGGGAAGUCCAAAAGGGGGGAGGGAGAGAUGUUUAUGUAAGCUGUAUGUUAUAAGUAUAUUUGUAACUAAAGAAAAGGAAAUUAAUAAAUUUUUUUAAAAAGAUUAGAAAAGCUUUGUUCACAUGGCCACUGUCAAUAAGAUUUCUUAGACUGGCAAACACUAGGGGCAUGGGCUUUUCAGUGGUAGCUCCAUAUUUGUGGAAUUCACUCCUGAGGGAAUUGAUGUCUGGCCCUGUUUGUGUUAGCUUUAAAACCUUCUUUAUUUCAAUUUGCUUUUAAUAAGGUGAGGACCUGAGUACCUAACUGUUAAAUUGUUGUAUUGUUGUUGUUGUUUAAAAAUCUGUUUUAUCUGGAUUGCUGUACUGGGUUAUAUUGUAUUCUAGAACUGCUGUUUUUAGUUUUUGAAAUUGUAAUGAGAUGUUUUAGUUGUAUUUUAUGGUUUAAAAUGUUUAAGUGGACCACCUUGGGAGGCCUUUACCCUGAAGGUGACGUAUAACUUUGGAAAAUAAAUAAAUAAUGCCCAACAUGUUGAGAGUGCUAUUUUGCUAGGGGGCAUCUAAAGAAAUCUGC